AGCGCUAUCUGUAACAUAUGGUAACUACAUUUUCUAAAAUAUAUCGCUGCCGUUUCGUUUGACCAAGCUAAAACAAUUUAGUGAUUGUGCAGGAUAAUAUUAAAUGCAAACGUUCUAUUACAAUUAAUUAAAAUGGGUGGUGUUGAAAAUAGUAUGGUAAUCAAAAUCAAUAAAUGGGAUGGAUCUGCUGUAAAAAAUGCAUUGGACGAUGCAAUUAAGGAUGUUCUUACAAAAAAAUAUAAUUACAUAGAAAAUUUUACUCUUCUUGAUGGAAGAUUGGCACUCUGUGGAAUUGCAGUAACAAUAGCUAUUAUCGCAUUGCUAUUUGAUUAUUUAUAUCCAUUUCCAGCAUCUAAACCUGUUUUAAUAGUUUGCGUCUCUUUAUAUUUUGUUUUGAUGGGACUUUUAACUCUUUACACAACGUAUAAAGAAAAAGGCAUAUUUGUUGUUGCUAUUCAAAGAGAUCCUUCGGGUUAUAAUCCUGAUCUUAUUUGGGAAGCAAGUUCAUAUCUUAAAAAAUAUGAUGAUAGAUAUACUCUCGUAUUGUCUGUUAGCAGUCCUUCCACAGGGGUAACUAAUCAAAGUGUUGUAACAAAAUCAAUUGCAAAAUUUAUUGAUGUAAAUGGUGUGGUAAUACCAGGACUAAUAGAAGCAGUUGUAACAGAUAUGCAUGACAGUAUAACACGUCAACGCAAAGACAAAUAAUUACUUUAUGAUUAUAUAAAAAUAUGUGAUUUUUAUGUUUAAAUAUACACUUCAUACAAUUUAUAUCAUUUUUCCUUGAUGUACAUUCAAAAUGAUAUCAGAAUGAAAGAAAAGUAUUCAUUAAAGCUUUUCAUUUAUCAAAAUAAAAAUGUAAGCCAACACAAUAA